CUACCACCUUGAUCUGCUACUACGACGAGAUGGUAUUUUUUGGGGGACUUCAAAAUCAGGCUACUUCUCCAUUAAAUCUGCCAUGUGAUUUUGUCGUAUGGGUGAGUUUUGAAUGAUGCACAUACAAUGUGGAAAUUAAUUUGGCAUUGGCAGUCAAGGCCUCCAAAGGAUCUGAGCCGGUCUCUGGAUUACUGUUCGCGAUUGGCUGCUAACAAAUUGUCAACGAGUGUGAUGUCAAAUUAAGGUGUACAGUUAUUGCGAGCCAUGCAAGGGCCAUGAAGAGAACGCAUUGCAUGCUUUGCUGGACUGCCACUUGCUCGACACGUUUGGCAAGGAUUGAUUUCCUCUUCCAUUAAUUUAGAAUAAUGGUUUUUAUCGAAUUAUGCUCGUGUGUGAUAAUUUCAAUGGGGUAGCUCUGAUUAUAAAGAAUCAGAAUUCAACUAAUAAUCUUGUUUGCUUGUGGGUUUUGUUCAAUAUUUACCUUUGUUUUGUUGGAUUCGAAGAUUCCAGUUAAUUAUAUUUAUCUUGAAGUGAAUUUUGCUUACAAAUUUUGCGAGCUCUUUUUAUUUUUCUAUGGAUAUCCAUUUCUUCGACACUUUUCCUCGCGACCCUUUUCGUGGCUCCUCGUUGGAGAAUUUGCUCCUCUCUGAAACCAAAAUAAACCCAUUUCCAAAUCGCUGAGCUGAAGGCCUUCUCCUACAUUAAUCUUUCCCUCCCUCUUUUUGCGCUUCUUCUCUCUCUGUAAUCAUUGGCUAAUCAAUGGCCGCAUCUCAAGCCAGUCUCCUCCUCCAGAAGCAGCUCAAAGAUCUCUGUAAGAAACCAGUUGAUGGAUUCUCCGCGGGUUUGGUCGAUGAGAAUAAUGUAUUUGAAUGGAGUGUUUCAAUUAUGGGACCCCCUGAUACCUUAUACGAAGGGGGCUUCUUCAGUGCCAUCAUGAGCUUUCCACAGAACUAUCCCAUCAGUCCUCCAACUGUGAGGUUCACUACAGAGGUGUGGCAUCCAAAUGUUUACCCUGAUGGAAAGGUUUGCAUAUCAAUUCUUCAUCCACCUGGUGAUGACCCAAAUGGCUAUGAGCUUGCAACUGAGCGUUGGAGUCCAGUCCACACUGUUGAAAGCAUUGUUUUGAGCAUUAUAUCAAUGCUUUCUAGUCCUAAUGAUGAGUCUCCUGCCAAUAUCGAUGCUGCGAAACAAUGGAGAGAUAGUAGGGAAGAGUUCAGGAAGAGAGUGAGUCGAUGCGUGAGAAAAUCGCAAGAACUGUUGUGAUCCGAGGAACUGCUGCAUUGCUUGCUGCUGAACGUUUUCAAUCAAGAAAGGAUGUGGUGGCUAUCAGACCAUAUACUGAAUCAUGUAACAUUCCAUUUACUUUCUGUUACCAAUCCAUUAUAACCUUAAAACUUUUUGCUCGUCUUUGAGCAAUAAGUGUUUAGUAUGAACUUGAAUGAACCUGAAUUGGCUUCUUCAAAUGUUAGAGGUUUAAUUUGAUUGAAAUGAGUUACAAUAAUAGUAUUCUUCAAUUUUGCUUA